AUGCCGAAAAGGUCACGUAUCGCCUAUAGUGACGAAGUGCGCAACGAGCUCCUGGGGGAAGACGCCGGAUCUUCGGAGAAUCAGAGAGCGCAUCUGUUGGACAACACAGAGCGGCUGGAAAGGUCAUCGCGGAGACUGGAGGCCGGCUACCAGAUAGCGGUGGAAACGGAACAAGUGGGUCAGGAGAUCUUGUCCAACCUGCACAGCGACCGUGAGAAGAUCCAGAGAGCCAGAGAGAGGCUGAGAGAAACCGAUGCGAAUCUGGGGAAGAGCUCUCGUAUCCUGACGGGCAUGCUCAGAAGGAUCAUCCAGAACAGAGUCUUGGUCUUCAUCCUGGGCGCCAUCAUCCUCCUCGUCAUCAUCCUGGCUAUUUAUUUCAACGUGAGAGCCCACUGAUCACGCCUCGCUCUCACACGCACACACAAACACACACACACACACUCACACACUCCACCCCCAUCCCCUUAUACAAAUACAACACACAUAAAGUGAUUAAUAGCGACAAACGCGUUGUUCAGCUGUAAUUAGGACAAAUGUUCCCCAUGAAUCACAGUUUCCAAACGCUGACAGGGAGCCCUUUUUUCCAAUCUGCAUUUUCUUUUUGCUGUUCCUUUAUCCUUUCUUCCCGUUUUCUCUCAACUCUUUCACUUUUUGUUCUCAGUCAGACUCUCCGGGGACACGCAAUGUUUUUAUGAUCCUAAAUAUUUUUCAUGGUGUUGUCUUUAGUGUGCUUUUCUAUCCCUCAGCGCACCGCAGCCAGGGAGAGAUUUUGUAACAAGCGUUUUCAAAUGUAUAGAUUUUUCCCCAUCAUUCGCUUCCCACUGGGUCCGGCGUUAGGACAGACAGAGAAGGGUUGGGGCUGAAGGCUUUUGCACAUGUAUGGAGGUGUAGCAGCAGGACAUAAAACUAUAUGAUUCAGCUGUUUUUAUGGAGGUCCCAACGCAGAGCAGAGGACAGUGCCUUUAGGUGAGACAUGUCGUUAAGAACAGACAGGAGGAGACACUGAACACAUGUAAACAUAGCGAGGGGAGCCCAGCUAGUGAAGGAUUUUACAUUGAUAAAACCUGUCUAUACAAAUAAUGUUUACAACAACAAGGACACAUAAAAUAUCUGGGUUCUACAUGUAACUGGUAAGACUUAAAACUGUAGUCAGACUGCAUUACAUUUAAUUAGCCUUAAUAAUGACAAAGACUUAAAGCUACCAUCUGUAGCAAAACAGAAUAUGGCUUUUCGCUGAUUGGCUGGUGCUCGAACCCACAUUUUCGGGGGUUUUGCAAAUCGUCUUUUGUAUUCUGAUUCCUGACCUAGUCGCUAGAGAGAAAUGAAAUUGAGCAGAGGCACGACAGCCUGGCUAGUUAUGUUAUGGUUAGGGUAUUGAAUAGUCACUAAGUCUGACUGAUUCUUAAUAAACUAUUUGUUCAUUAUGAGUCUUUGUUCAUGCUUUAUUAAGGCUUAUUAAAGUUUAGUUAUUAUAAGAUGUGACCUAGAUUUGUAUUUAAGGAAUAUUAACACUCAAAAAUUACAUAUAUACGUAUUUUUAGCUAAAAUUAUUAACAUAACUUGGGCGGAUUAUUCUCAUAUUGGGGAGUUCAACAUCAACAACAUCACAACUUUGAAUUGCAAAUACAAAGCACACACAACAUGUUUUGACAGACCACAACACACUAACAUGGACUUUGUAAGUUUUCUCACUGUAAAGAAAUUGUAGCCUCUUACUGUAUGUACUACAUCAUGUAUAGUGUCUCAGAGCAGUGAUUCUGUUACUAUUUAUUUAUGAACAAAUUUAUGAAAUUUCCAUUCAAGUCUCUGUAACUAGGCCUGUACAUUUAUCAAAGUUUUUACUCAUGUUUUUUUUUUUGACGCUGACUGCAACAGGACCAAAUGCAAACUUGAUUUUUUUUUCCUGUCUUUAAUAUUUUGUUUAAAUCUUAAAACGAGCUUUUAAACAUGUACUUUUCAGUUCUUGUACAUUUACUGACUAUGUGAUACAAUUGUAGGUGUUAAGAAGAAAAAUGAAAACUAAAAAUAC